AUCUCACAUGCUCAUAAACCUUUGGAAUCAAAUGAAGAUUUCCUUGAUCAUAACAGCAAGAUAUUUUCUGAUGGAUAUAUGGGAGGCGGUCCUUGUGUAGCUCCAGUGCAUCAUUGGUUGAGAGCUCACCUUUAGAAGCGUCAGAUCUAACUAAGCGAUAGAUCGGAGUUUUCCCAAAAAAAUGGCGGCAAGUAGCAAUACGCUGUCCAAAUUGCUACGGGAUGUGGCAGAUCAACUGGAGAGUUCAGCAGCAUCAUCAUCAUCAAGUCCGGAACCAUCAACGUCGUCAGAUUCAAGAUUGAUGACACCCAGACACCCAGUGGACGCCGAAGUUGCAAGACUAUUUAGUCCUUACAACAGAGGAAGAGGAUUGGCGAGACGGACGAGCUUGCCCGUGAUGAGUCGUGCAGUAUCCUGCAGCUUUACUCAUAACUUCUGCUGUCUUGAUGAUAAAAAUGCAGUUUUGGUACCCAGUCGCUGUGCAAAAGAGCGGUUGUUUUCUGCUGGAUUAGGAGAGAAACGUGUGACGUUUCGAGGAUGCCAUACAGAUCCCCAAAAAUUUAAAGAUGUCAUAAUGGAAGCUUUUCCAAAACUCCGACAAGGUGGUGGGUUUGAGUUACUAAAAAUAUCAGGGAACACAAGAAGCCGCCAUCUCAGCUUGAUACCCUGCCCAAAUGAGGGAUACCAUGUAAAGUAUUUGAAAGAUCCUCAAAAUCAAAUUGGUCAUUCAACCAUUUUCAUUCGUCCACUUCAACGAAACUUAGAAGUUGAAUCAACAAGCCAUCCUAACAGAGACGAGUUGAUUGGACCACCUCAGAAAUGUGUUGUGUGUGGAGAUGAAUUCCCGUUUGCAGAGAUCAAGUGUCAUAGUGAUGAGUGCAUGAGGUCAGCAGAGGUCAGUGGUGAGGUAGUGAGUGAGAGAGCUACACAAAGUGCCACUUCAAGCAACACUGAAAGUAGAAUUGUGAGGCAGGAGAGGAAUGUUUCAAGUGUCAGAGACAGAGCAAUGCAGGUUCAAGGAAACCAUGUUUCACAGGUCAUCACAAUAGAUUGUGAGGAGGGCACUGAACUUGAUGAUUGGAAAUUUGACCCAGAUCUGACAGAGGCCUUAAAGUACAGAGAAAUCAUCUUGAGGAAGCAUGAAACUGGAAAGGAGCUCAGUUUGCAGAUGGACAUGAGAGAGUCUCCUGAAGAUAGGGAGAGGGCAAUCCUGACUUUUUAUAAGACCGCAAAUGUAGAAUGGGCUUGCCCUUUAAAAUGUACACUACAUGGUGAUCCCGCAAUUGGAGAUGGAGUGACUCGUCAUGUUUUCGCAACAAUUAUGUCAAAACUUCAGCAUGGUUUUGAACUACAACUUGUACCAGGAGGAACUCUUCUUUUUGAGGGUGAAAAGGAUCACUUGAUUCCCUCAACAUCUCAGUGUCUUCUGGAUAGUGACUUCUUUGUGGUGGCAGGUCGUAUGAUUGGGCACUCUUUUCUGCAUGGUGGUCCAUGCCUAACAGGUUUAAGCCCAGCAAUAGUGCAUGUGCUUAUUGGUGGAUCCCCUGAAACUGCCACAAUAGAUGUUCUGGACUGUGCUGACAUUGAUGUCCGUCAAGUAAUAAAGAUGUUGGAAGGCACAGGUGAAUUAUCAUUAGAAGAAAAGAGCGCUAUUACAGACCUUGCGGUGUCUUGGGAUUUGCCUGGAGUGACAUCAGAAAACAGAAGAUGGCUGCUUGAAAAACUACUCAUACAUGCUGUCCUUGAAAGAACCUGCAAGCAGGCAAAACAGCUACGCCGGGGUUUGAAGGAGACCUUGAUCUGGCCUUUGCUGACUGAAAGAUUGGAGAGGAUACAUUGGCCUACAGAAGAUGAAGACAGUGAGGUCUCAGUUGAAGAAACAUGUAGGCUCACAGGAUUCCUUCGCACAUUCAUUGAGAACUCUUCUUAUAACACCUUGCGGUUUCUGCUCAAAUUCUGGACUGGAUGGGAUGUGCUGCCCAGGAGCCUAGAUGUUGAGGUGGUGGAGGGAAACCUACCGAAGUCUUCCACAUGCUAUCAAACUCUCAAGCUUCCUAGUCAUUAUAAGGACUACACUGCCUUUGAGAGAGACUUUUUAGCUGCUAUCUGGAGCACAGAUUAUGGAUUUGGAAUGGUCUGAUUUCAUACUAGGAAU